AAGUCGACGUUUUGUUUGAGCUUCACUCUCCACAAAAAGCGCGUGAAGUAAAAUCCAACUCCCUCUCCUCCUCCAUAUCUAUUUCCCCAUUUCAUUUCACAGGGAGAUCGAGAUCUGUGCUCACACCCGACCCCACCCCACCACCCUAAACCCCCUACCCCUACCCUUCAAAAUUCAUAUAUACAACAUUGAUGUGCACAAAAUUCGUGAAGGAAAUGGAGAAGAUGGCGUUGUACGUCGUCGUUUUGCUUAUCAUCUGCUAUGCAUCGCCGGCGAGAUCAGACGGUUCCGAUCAUAAGUAUAAAUCCGGAGAUCAGGUUCCACUUUAUGCUAACAAAGUUGGUCCUUUCCAUAAUCCGAGUGAAACAUACCGGUUCUUUGACCUUCCUUUUUGUACUCCAGAUCAUGUAAAAGAGAAGAAGGAAGCUCUUGGUGAGGUCUUGAAUGGUGACCGAUUGGUCAGUGCCCCUUACAAGCUUGACUUUUUGUACGACAAGGACUCAGAAAUAGUUUGCAAGAAGAAGUUGUCCAAGGAAGAAGUUUCUCAAUUCCGCAGCGCUGUUGCUAAAGACUACUACUUCCAAAUGUAUUACGAUGACCUGCCCAUUUGGGGUUUCUUAGGGAAAGUUGACAAGGAAGGAAAAUCUGACCCCAGCGAGUACAAAUACUACUUGUUUAAACAUCUUCAUUUUGAGAUCUUUUACAAUGAUGAUCGUGUGAUUGAGAUCAAUGCACGAACUGAUCCUAAUGCCCUGGUAGAUAUUACAGAGGAUAAGGAGGUUGAUGUUGACUUCUUGUACUCUGUAAAAUGGAAAGAGACAAAAACACCUUUUGAUAAGAGGAUGGAGAAGUACUCACAGUCUUCAUCGUUGCCGCAUCACUUGGAAAUCCAUUGGUUCUCAAUUAUCAAUUCCUGUGUGACAGUUCUUCUCUUAACUGGUUUUCUUGCCACAAUUCUUAUGCGGGUCCUUAAGAAUGACUUUGUCAAGUAUGCACAUGAUGAGGAGGCGGCUGAUGACCAAGAAGAAACUGGGUGGAAAUACAUCCAUGGUGAUGUGUUUAGGUACCCAAGUCACAAAUCCUUGAUGGCUGCAGCACUUGGUAGUGGCACACAGUUAUUCACAUUGACCAUCUUUAUUUUCCUUCUCUCACUUGUUGGUGUUUUCUAUCCAUACAACCGCGGAGCUUUAUUCACGGCACUGGUCGUCAUAUAUGCUCUCACAUCUGGUAUUGCAGGCUAUACUGCUGCCUCUUUCUAUUGCCAGCUAGAAGGGACAAACUGGGUCAGGAAUUUGAUAUUGACCGGAGCCUUGUUUUGUGGACCCCUGUUUCUCACGUUCUGUUUCCUUAACAGCGUAGCAAUUGCAUACAGUGCCACUGCUGCACUGCCUUUUGGAACCAUUGUGGUCAUCUUUCUCAUAUGGGCUCUUGUGACAUCACCUUUACUUGUAUUGGGAGGGAUAGCUGGAAAGAACAGCAGGGCUGAGUUCCAAGCUCCUUGUCGAACCACCAAAUACCCAAGAGAGAUCCCACCAUUACCUUGGUACCGUGGAACUCUACCUCAGAUGGCAAUGGCUGGGUUUUUGCCUUUCAGUGCCAUAUAUAUCGAACUUUACUAUAUAUUUGCAAGUGUUUGGGGUCACAGAAUUUACACCAUAUACAGCAUCUUAUUUAUAGUCUUCAUCAUUCUUAUAAUUGUCACUGCUUUUAUUACCGUGGCCUUGACAUACUUUCAACUCGCUGCUGAAGAUCAUGAAUGGUGGUGGAGGGCUUUCCUCUGUGGUGGAUCCACUGGACUGUUCAUCUACGGCUACUGCUUGUAUUACUAUUAUGCCCGUUCUGAUAUGUCUGGCUUCAUGCAAACCUCAUUCUUCUUUGGAUACAUGGCUUGCAUCUGCUAUGGUUUCUUCCUCAUGCUCGGGACUGUUGGUUUCCGUGCAGCCCUAUUUUUUGUCCGUCAUAUAUACCGGUCAAUCAAGUGCGAGUAGGAAGCAGGUACGACGGUCUUCCGUCUCGUACAGAAUGCUUUACAAAUGUGGUAGGGCAAUAUGGUAUCCAAGAAGACCUUGUAGGAUCUUAGGAUCUCUUGAGAUGAUGAAGCAUGUAUUAUCUUACACCGGAAAGUUAAGAACCUUUUUUUUGCCAUUUUUCAUUUACAGCUCAGCAAUUUAUAUCGAUUAAUAGGUAUAUUAGAGUUUCUGUUCCAUAUUUUAAUCCUUUGCAACACAAUUACCCUAAUAUUGUCUAGUAUUAUUCCUUUUUACUGCAUUGGACAAACUUUGAGCUAUAAAUUGUACUGGUCCCAAGUUUCAGAAGAUUUUAUCAAAAAUGUGU